AUGGUAGUAGAUGAUAUACACUUGCAUUCGUACAUAGAUCACCGUGAGAUGCGUUCGUUGAACAAUAUAACCUUCUACUUUGGAUGGUUGGCUUGUGGGUCACGCUUGAUGUAUCCAUAUCUAUCUGAGCAUGUCAUGCCCCAGUUCAGGUAUAUGCAGUUUGUUCCCAGAGAUUCCUUUGAUUCUGUUCCUCCUACCAUGGCCCGCAGAGAUGUAGAUGUCAUGUAUGAUGAUUACCUUAAUCAUCUGGUACCGGAUGACACACAAGGUACCCUAGCUCCUAGCGACUGGAGUUGUGCAUAUGAAGUCACCGCCUUGAAUUUUAGGUUGUCACAUCAUUAUUUGACACUGGAUGUUCCAGGAGUUCCACCUAGGCCAGCUCAUCCGAAGAUACUAGAGGACGAGCAAGCUAGGGAUGUAUCAUGA